AAAACAAAUACAGUUGAACUUGCAGUGUUGAUUGCAACAUUGCGGCAAUCAUGUCGCGGGGAAAGCUAUUACUUGUGUUUGUGGCUCUUAUUGCAAUUGGUGAACCUAAGCCAGAAGAAUACGGAGUAUAUUCGUACAACAAGCCUAAUCUACCGUUCUUUUCACGUAGCAAAUCCUUGUCCCCGAGCAUCUCUAUUGGCAAUCCUUCUUAUUACAUUCAGAAGUCAGCUACUAUAAAUCACAUUAACGUUCCCGUUUCACAACCCAUCUCAAAUAUUCCUUGCCACAAUGAUUCUGAAAAACAAGUCGAAUCAUUCCAACCCGCAAAUGUAAUCAUUAUCUAUCCCGAUAUUCAAAAGGAGCCGUGUGACGAAAAUAAAUCUACACAACCUCCGUCCACCGAAGCACCAGAGCCAUGCUCGACACAACCUGAAAAGGAAACUCCUACUAGACCACCUCCUUCUUCUACCAAAGCACCGGAAAACCCAACGAUGCCACCCAGAGAAGUUAAAACUACUCCUAAACCUACUCCUCCCAAUAAAUCACCAAAACCUUGUCCUCUGCUAACGAGCAAAGGAGUAACCCCAAGCGUAUCAUAUACUCCACCAGCUAAACUUACAUGCCUUCCAAUUCAAACUGCUCCUCCAACAAAAGCUACCCCUGAACCGCGUCCAACGUUGCCACCUAGGUUAAAAACCACACCGCCUCGCCCUCCGCCGACUGAAGCUCCAGAACCAUGUGAACCCCAGACUACGCCACCUCCUACUAAGGAACCAGAGCCAUGUCAGCCACAGACUAGGUCAACAAUUCCACCUCGUCCUCAAAUCAAAACUCCUGAACCGCGCCCUACGCUACCUCCUUGGUUGACAUCUACGACACCGCGUCAACCAUCUACUAAGGCACCGGAGCCAUGUGAAAAAGUGACGAGACCCACAAUUUCACCGCCACCACCUACCCUACCUCCUAGGUUGUCGUCAACGACACGUCGCCCUCCUCCAACAAAGGCACCAGAGCCAUGUGAGCAGACUAGACCAACAAAUCCUCCGCCACCCCGUACUACUAAGGCACCAACUCCACCCCCUACGCUACCUCCUUGGUUGACAUCUACGACACGUCGCCUUCCGCCAACUAAGGAACCAGAACCAUGUGAACCCCAGACUAGACCAACACCCCCACCCUCAACUAAAGCACCAGAACCGUGUGAACCCCAGACUAGACCAACACCCCCAUACCGUGAAAGCUGUCGUCAAUAUGUCGCCUGCCACUUGGGCAAGCCGCGUCUCCUCAGCUGUGAAGCGGGACAUUUCUUCGACGAUUACACAAACUCUUGCGUUGACGCCGAAUACGUCACCAACUGUUCAGAUGUUUUAUACUAA